CCUAUGGAUUUUUAUUUCAUUCAAAUGGAUAUUUUAGGGAACAUGAACAGAUAAAUUCAUAUCUCUUAUGCAGCUUGGAUUACACAGGAUCUAUAUGACAUCAAGUAUAAAGACAAUCAUUUAAGAUAUGGACAUCAGAGGCUUUUAUCAAUGCUGGAAAUGGCAAGUAGUCUGCUCCUUUCUUCUAUGUAGCUGGGGCUGGGUCUCUGGGCAGCUUCAUUAUUCAAUUGUUGAGGAGUCUGAUCCAGGGACAUUGGUGGGAAAUGUAGCUCAGGAUCUGGGGAUAAAACGUGUAGAGAUCUCUCAGCAGAGGAUACAUCUGAGAUCUGAAAAAUACCAAAAAUAUUUCAGUGUAAAUCAGGCAAAUGGAGGGUUAGCUGUGAAGGACAGGAUUGAUAGGGAGAGCCUGUGUGGAUCCAGUCCCCGCUGUCUACUGCAGUUAGAGGUUGUGUCUGAGAAUCCUGUGGAGCUUUUCAGUCUAGAAGUAGAGAUUCUGGAUAUUAAUGAUAAUUCUCCCACGUUCUCAUCUGAUGAUCGCAUUAUAGAGAUCACAGAAAUAUUUGCAGGUCCUGGUGCUCGAUUUGCCUUAGAGAUUGCAAAAGAUUUAGAUGUUGGUGUGAAUGGUGUCAGUCAGUAUACAUUGAAUACAAAUUCCUUAUUUUUCACUGUCUGUGAAGACUCGUAAGGACGGAACGCUCAUCCCUCAGCUCAUACUAGAAAAGGUUUUAGAUAGAGAAGAAAAACAAGAACAUGACCUGAUUCUCACAGCUAUUGAUGGAGGAGAACCAGCCA